AUGAAUAAUUCUCAAGAGAGAGUGGAGCAUGCUGCCAAUGUGGGGGCCGCGGCUGUUUCUCCCUCCUUCAAUACUGAUGCAGCCGUAGCAGCUAGUGAAGAAAACAGAGGCGUGCAGCUUAGCAACAGUGGCUGGAGUAUGGGCCAUUUCCAUUCGAGACAGGCGGAUCUUCGUGAGACUAUGUGUUCGGCAGAUGUUCUUCGUGCGGAUAGGCACGACACGACUACUUGGACUCUUGAGGAAAAUGGUAUUUUUACGGUUUCUUCUUGCUGCAAUUUUCUGAAAAAUAGGCGCUCUCCCUUAGGCCCGGCAAAUCGUUUUGAUUCGGUGUUCAAAGACAUUUGGAAGGCGGAGGUUCCGAUUAAAGUCAAAGCUUUUGGUUGGCGUAGCUUCCUCAACAAAAUUCCAACCAAAGAUUCGCUUUUGAAAAGAGGUAUUAUUAUUUCUUUAAAUGCUAAUUGUGUUCUUUGUGAGGAAACAAGCGAAACCUUGACCCAUUCUCUUUUGAGAUGUCGGUAUGUCGAUAUUGUUUGGAAGGAAAUGGCCGAAUGGAUCGGAAUGACUUAUAGUUGUAUUGAAGAUUUGAAGAAGAAUUUUCUCUUUUGGAGUGAUUUUUGUAGAUCGAAGAAGGUUAAAAAAGGGAAGGAAGGAACCAUUUGGCUCGUCAUUCUUUGGAGCAUUUGGUUACGUAGGAACGUUAUAGUUUUCAACAACUCGUCUUGGAACUCUAGAGACGUAGUUUGGAGUUGUAAAGCUCUAAUUUGGAGGUGGUCGUAUAUCGGGAAAAUUACUCGGGCCAAUUGUAAUUUCUACGAGUUUAGCAAUAACCCAUUGUUUUACUUAAGUUAG